UGUUCGUAAGAGUGGUGUGAUAAAAGUUUAUAUUUUAAUCAAUGGUAAUCUGAUGUCGCUACCAUCUUCUACAGCAAUCAUGUCUACCCAAAAAAUAGAAGUCGUGAACCAAAAACCAUUUUAUUAUGUUUCCAAACCUAAAGUAAACCUAACACGCAGAUCACUGCGGACAAUUUCUUUAGAUUCAAAUUUCAAUAAUACAAGGUGUAACCACGUUCAUUCCCCUACACAAUACCAACAACACCCAUAUCCUUUGUAUCCCACGUUAAAUAAAAUACGACAACACUUCUUUCCAAGCCAGCAAUGCCAACAGGUCUACUAUUUUCCGAAUUUAUCCCACUUCGAAUCAUCAAUAUGCAAUGUAAACUCAAAUUCCGAGAUUUGUAGAGUAUUAAAAACAAAUAAUAUUACCGUUGUUAAUGGAAUAGCUAACGAAGAAGCAAAUACAAACAAUAAUAUAAAAAGCAGUACAAGCAAACCGAAUAAGACAGUAGAAGGUAAAGAAGUAACUACAAAAAUUGGAAAAGCUGAAAAAAUUAAGAAAAGAAGAAGAAAAUCAAGAAAAUAUAUUGAGAGAAGACAAAACAGUAAUGACAAAAUUAAUGUUAAAAAUGUUAAAGCAGAUGACGUAAAGAAAGAAGUAAAAGUUGGUCAAAAGGAAGCAGUAUCAGUAGAUGUAAUAGAUGUAAGAAAGGCGACAAAUUUUUUGAAUACAGGAUAUUCACCACCCAUCUUACCGAUACCUACAUAUGAAGAGGCUUUAGACAUGUGGCAUUUCCCAACUGCUGCUUAUCUAGAAUAUGUUUACGCUUAUUCCAAGUUGAUAAAGUAAGAAGGGAACAAUCUUUAUACUAUGAAGACUGAAAGUAACAAUAAAACGGAAACAGUAUUGAUGAUAUUAAACUAAGAAUUAGGUAAUAGAUAGUGGACAAUAUUUUCUGGAUGGAGUCUAAUUAAAAAUGUUGACGUUAGUAAUUUUAUAAGUUAGUUGAUAACUUUUUCAAGUCUUAAAUCUCUUUUGAAAAGUAAUCGCAAAAUAAUUUAUUUUGUUUCCUAGUGACUAUUAUAGAGUAUUGUUAUCAAGUAGUAUACAAUAUUGUAGUAAAAAAUGGUACAAUUAAGAGUUGACACGAGUUAAAAAAGUUGUUAGUUUAAUAAAAGGUUAAUAUUGUAAGGUAGGCGUUAUAUAGCUAACAUUUUUGUGUUAUCACGGAAUCUUUCAUCACGGGUACGGGAUAUACGGGUAGUAAGAUUUUACAAUAUAGGUAACCACAGUAGGUAACUCACGAAAUUCUAUAUGAUAAUUAUAUGUUAUUACUACUAUUACGGCUUGAAUUUUUCUUUUUUUUUAUGUUGC